AUGACAGCAUGUACCUAUCUCACUAGUCAAAAGGAAUCCAGCUUUCUUAUGGCUAAGUCUAAGGUUGCGGACAGUAAUCGACCAACCACUGUACCGAAACUCGAAAUAAAUGCCAUAACCAUUGGAGCACGACUUACUCUCAAUACUUUCCUAAGCUUAAAAUCCUCAAUAAGCAUAAACAACGUCAUUUUUCUAACCGAAAUCGUCUUAAAUUGGCUGAAAGGUUCUCUUGAUCAUCCUAGAACAGGACCUUACGUCAAAAAUCGUAUACGCGAGACAUGCGAGAUACGCGACAUCGUAGAGUCACUAAAGCGUAUGGAAGUCGGAGUGAAAUUUGGCUACAUCGACACGAAAUGA